CGACACGCAACCACCACUCCUCGCCGUCUCCUUCAACGACACCUCGCCACGCCUGAGAUUCUGUCGUCGCGAAUAUCCUAGCCUCCAGAAUUCGCAUUCCUCCAGCAUCCCAAAAUGUUUAGAAACAACUACGACAACGACUCCGUCACAUUCUCGCCUCAGGGCCGUAUCUUCCAAAUCGAAUAUGCCGCCGAGGCCGUAAAGCUGGGCUCUGUCGUUGUCGGCAUUGCCAGCAAAACACAUGUUGUCCUCUGCGCCCUCAAGCGCAAUGUCGAAGAAUUGUCAUCAUACCAGAAGAAGCUCUUCACAAUCGACGAGCACGUCGGCAUUGCCAUUGCCGGUCUCACCUCCGAUGCCCGAGUCUUGUCCAACUUUAUGAAGCAACAGUGCCUCGGCCACCGAUUAACCUACGGCCGCGCCAUGCCCAUCCGCUCUAUUGUCGAUAUGAUUGCCGAAAAGGCCCAGAUUAACACGCAAGUCUACGGCAAGCGUCCCUACGGUGUUGGACUGCUGAUUUGCGGUGUCGACGAGACCGGCCCCCAUCUGUUCGACUUCCAGCCCUCGGGCAUGACGGAAGAGAUGGUUGCCUUUGCUAUUGGCGCCCGAAGCCAAAUGGCCAGAACAUACCUCGAACGUAAUAUCGAUGAGUUUGCCGACUGCUCAAGAGAAGAGCUCGUCAAGCACGGCCUCAAGGCGCUGCGUGAAAGCUUGCCGCAGGAUAAGGAGCUUACAGUAGAGAACGUCUCGAUUGGUCUGGCCGGCGCUAAGACUGAAGGCAAGAAGGGCAUCGAGCAGUUCAAGCUGUAUGAAGAAUACGAGGCAAAGGAGUGGAUCGACCUGAUUGGCGAGCAGGGUGAGGGCGAGGCUGGUAACGACAUGGAGGUUGACAACUAAGCUACGGGCACUGGCAAAAAUGAAGCGGUUAGUGCCAGCUUUGCAAAUGAAAGAAAGAGAAAUGACUAGAUCAUGUACAAUUAUUUGCCGCAUAAAAUAAAAGUGGCGAUAUGCAAACAAAGGUUACAGUACAACGCCUUUGAAUAAAAAACAAUGAAAACCACUACAUUCACUCUACAUCACUGCCACGGGACAGAAGUUUGAAUUUUAAAGAGCAUUUCCAAUUUUUUUUCUCAUCUAUACAAAAUUCUAUAAUUAUUUCUAAUUUUUUUGUAGUUUGUUUCGUUUAUUCCUUUUGCGUUUAGUAAAUCAUGGUGUAUAGCGUCUACCUACUGCUUCUUCCAGUCGAGCUUGUAGGUUCCCUCGGAAACCUUGUAGUCCUGGAGAGCAGCAAUAGCACCCUCAGCAUCGCUGGCUGUGACAAUAAUGUCCUUGUUCGCAGAUCGAACGAAGCCCUCCUUGCCAGAAGUCUCGAUCCACGAAAGGAUACCGUCCCAGUAGCCCUCAAUAUUGAGAAGGCAGACGCCGCGGUCGUGAAUGCCAAGCUGGUUCCAGGUAACGACUUCAAAGAGCUCCUCCAUGGUGCCGUAACCGCCAGGGAGGACGAUGAAGCCACUGCCAGGGCCGCCGUUCAGGACUUCCUCGGCCAUGAGGCGCUUUCGGGUGUGCAUGUCAUCGACGACUGUGGUGUGGCCGUACUUGGACGUCUCGGGGAUGAAGAGGUUGUUGGCGUUGACGUCCUGGUAUGUGUCAUCGCGCUCAAACUUGGCGAGAGCGGCAGGGAUAAUGCCGUGGACAGACUUGGGUCCGUUGAUGGCGCAGACAGUCUUGGCAACUUCGCCCAUGAGGCCGACCGUGCCACCUCCGUACACUGUAUAGCAAGAAAGCAGUUGUUAGCGAGCCGUGUCUUCCUAACUGUGAUUUUGUAGAGAAAAAAUGGUUACCUAGGUCAAUGUUCUUCUCGGCCAGGGCCUUGCCGAGUGUGCGCGCAGCCUCGAGGUACGCGGGGUUGUUGCCGCCCGCAGAACCGCAGAAGACGCAGAUCUUGGUGCGAGGGGCAUCCUCGGUGCCGUUCUGAGCAGUCAUUAUGAAGUCGGUGAAGGGGAUGGGAAUCGAGUAAAAUGCUGGUAUUUGGGGGGAAAGACAAAGCAAACCGCGUCGAGCGAGAGCGGCGGCGGCGGCGGCGUCGGUGGGAAACUGGCCUCGUGACGAUAAUGCUUCGUGUAACAGAAACGAGGGAGUGUCGGUGAUUUCGAGGUAAGACGGUCUAGUGCGAUGGUAGAUAUCCGGU